UAUGCGCCAGAAGUCCACAAAGGAAACGUCAGCGAAUCCAAACGACAUGUGUUGGCCAUCUGAACAUCCUCGAACAACCACUUACGAGCUUAAUUGUCUGGGACCAGCGGCCACGUACGACUUUCUCCUGGACUCGGACGGCGACUACUUCCAGGGCGCCUGGCGCUGGCACAACUGCAUCGACAACGGCACCUGCACAGACUUUGAAAACCUCGGAGAGCGGAUCAGACUGGAUCCAACAGACAGACUGCACAAGCCUGCCAUCACUGAAGGCUUCGGCUACUUCUUCUCGGCAGCUACAUUGAAGGCUCAGACCCCGUUCAGAAGAGACCAAGAUGUUCAUGUGAUCCACACACUACCGGCAGCUUAUUUGGAAGCUUUCAAGCCGCAUGGAACUAUGCACGCUUGGUGUAGCAAUGAGGGCAGCACUCCGGCCUCGUUCACCAUGCAGCUGUUCACUCUCUCUGACACCAAUGCAGAGACCAAGGUGGCCGAGGCGGCAGCGGACUGCACCGAUCAGGAAAUACGCCGCCUCUUCUACGAGCCAUUUGUCGUCGACGGCACAUUCGCUCGCCUGAGGGUGAGAGAACUGUUGCGAACCACGGCAACCAGCGACUAUGAUAGCAACGCCGCUGUCACCGGUCAGCGCCUCAUGAUCGACGUGCCCCUGGGCAUCGGCUGCUUCUCGGGCCUGCCGCCGCCGGCCGACGCUCAGGACGUGGACACCAACGACGUGCCGACGUGCCUGGUCCGCUGCCACGGACUCGGAAAGCCGGUGGCUGCGCUGCGCGGUGCCAGCUGCGCCUGCCUGGAUCAGAUGCCGUACGCCAGUCUGCGACCCUCACGGUCCUGUCACACACCCUGCCACGGGGAGCGCUGGAUGUGUGGCGGCCAGGACGAGCACAGCUUCUACACCGCCAGCUGUCCCGACGGCUGGCAGCGCGUCGGGCACUUCUGCUACAAGAAGUUCGCCGACGCGGCAGCUGACACGGCUCGAAAGGCGCACGCGCUGUGUUCAAUGAAUAACGCCGAGCUCUUCAACCCCCGCUGGUCGUACGACUACAAUAUGGCAUCCAAGUUGCUAGUCUCUGACGGUGCCAGUGCCUUCCUGGGUUUCAAGAUCAUCAGGAACCCCGCUGCCGUGUACACCUUCAGUGGGGAGUUGAUGACCGAUUUCGAGGAGAUUAAAAGCCUGACCAAGCUGGGGGCCGACGCCGACUGCGUGGAGGUGGCCCGCAGCGGCACCACGCUGACCGCCUCGGGCGCCUGCACCGCCUCCGCAGAGGUCAUCUGCCAGCAGCCUCUGGUGCGCGGCUGGGGCACGCAGGAGAUCGCCGAGACGGACGACCUGGUGAUGCGGACAGCCUCCAGCGGCAGCGACGUGUUCGCUCACCCGUCCCAGUGGUGGAGCCCGGCUGCCGACGACACCUCCCCGCGCCUCGUGUGGGAAUUUUCUCGUCAAGUAAUGGUCUCCGGAUUCAAGAUAUCCAGCAAAUCCGACAAACUGAUGGAAAGCUUUUUCUUAAAGUACAAAGAAGAUUACCUGAGCAACGAUACUGAGCGAUUCUACGCGACUUCAGAGGCAGGGGACAUUUAUGAGUUUAACAUCACCAGCGGGCUCCAGCUGAGCGGCGAGUUCACGGCGCACAUUCACCUGGCCUACCCGAAGGUGUCCAACUGGUUCGCGCUGCUGCCGUCGCGGUACGUCGCCGGCGCAGAGGUCAAGGUCACGCUGCUCGGCUCCACUGCCAGCGAGAGCGUCACUGUCUCCGAACGGCCGGGCGUGGCCGGUUCAGCGGCAUUGAAUCUGACCGAAAUUUGCCGAGAUGCCGACCACAGCGACCUUGAAGGUGAAGGCUUCCAAUUAAUGAACGCGGAGCCGGAGCUUUGGCCGGGCCACUCGUCACUGAUACAUGCAUACAAGAAGGUCCCCGAAAUGGCGUACCAAAUUUGUCAGCCCCGCACUCAGUGUCGCCGAACUGGAGACGGAAAUGUACUCUGUACACCGUAUAGAGCUAUGUGGUACACCAGGAAAGCUUCGCGCACGUGCGCGGCCGGUUUCCACAACGUGGUGGGCCACUGCGUCACUCCGUCUGCCCAGGCACUGAGUCAGGAGGCCGGCGCAGAGGCGUGCUCCAGCGUCCCGGGAGUACCGAUCGAGUUCAACAGCGCCGCCGAGUUCACCCUCUUCAGGCUGAUGAUGGUCACACACCAGAUGAACGAGUCCAUCUACAUCGGAGUCCGACGCAGCGGCGAUAGCUUUGUGAACGGCGCCGGGGAGCCCUUGCCGCCCGCCACGCAGUUCCACCGGAUUUGGGCGCCGAACGAGCCGGCCUCCACCGGCGACUGCGUGAUUCUGGAUCCGGAGGUCGACUUCUUUGCCCGCGCGGUGGAUUGCAGCACACCGUACCCCACAUACUGUCAGCCGAGAGCACCACGCAACUGUCCGGCUGACUUCGAGUACCAGGGUGACAGCUACAGCUGCUUCCAUUUCCACGUGGACACGAGCCGUGUGUGGGACCACACCGCGGCCAGCGAGUACUGUCGCCACAAAGGGACGUCACUGGCCGUUCCCAGGGACCAGCAACAGCUCGACCUCAUCAAGGACCUCGUCGAUCGAGUCAUCACAAAGGCCGUGGACGCAGGUGGCUCGGACACGGAGCAUACAGGAGCGCUGGGAGCCGUUCUGCUGAAUGACGACGGGGACGACCCAAAUAUCACCGUCACCAUCAACAACAUCAGCCCACAACCAACGAAAACCUCCUGGAAUUUGCUGAAAGAGUCCAUGUCGUCUUCUAAGAGCUGUGCAUACACCGUCCAGGGGUCUGAUAUAGAGCCCAAUGAAUGCAUCGGCAGUGGGUCUCACAUAAACUAUCCCGUUUGUCAAUAUCACGCGUGCUACGCGCUCAACAGCUCAGCCGAGUGCGUGUUCCCGUUCCGCUACAAGGGCCGCGUGUACGGUCACUGCACGCGGCUGGAUAGCGACGACGGCAGCGCCUGGUGUCCCACCCAGCUGGUGAACGGCGAGGCCAGUCGCACCAACGGCUCCUUCGCCACCUGUCUGGACUCCUGUCCCGUGCGGCAGUGUCCGGUGGGUUUCCUGGAGAUCGCCGCGCCGCACCGCUCGGCGCCGCUCUGUCUACUGCUCAGCAGUAACCGGGACGAGGAGGUCCUCAUCCCGCCCAGGACGCCCGGCCAACAGAGGGACUUCUGCGAGAGACUCGGCUCGCGGCCACUCACCCUGGAGUCGCCCUUCCACUACGAGCUGAUCAAAAACAACGUGUCGAAGGUGUUCCCCGAGUUUAAGCAGUACGUGGCCUUUGGCGGCUACUAUUGGAACGCCGCCGACCCGCACCUUAUCCUGGACUCUGGCCGUCGCCCCUCGCCCCGAGUCCUGGAGCUCGUCAAGAGCAGCUUCGACGACGCCCUGUUGGGGACGUACAACACCACGUGCGUCGUGAUGAAAGGCGACACUUUCCAGAACGUGCCUUGUGACGUGGGAAUGGCGUAUCACGCAUGUGAAGCGAAUGUGGAGUACACAGAGUCGGGUCCUGCGGCCGGCCAGCUCUGCCACUUUCCGUUCACGUACGCCGGCCGAAACUACUCCUCCUGCGCCGAAAACACGGACCGUGGCCAGGCCUGGUGCGCUACCGCCGUCACCGGCGACGGCCUGGUGGACGGAGACAACUGGGGAUACUGUCCUCCCGGCGACGAGCGGACGGUGGCCGGCCCGGCCAGCCCGGAGCGCUGCCAGUUUCCGUUCAUCGCCGGCGGCGUGCGCUACGAGCGGUGCACCAAGGUCACCGGGGUCACCACGCCGGACACGGGUGGACGCUUCUGGUGCAGCACCGCCAACGACGCGGCCGGCGUCAUGACCCGUCCGGACGCCUGGGGCGAGUGCCACGAGAACAUCUGGCCGCCCGAUAACCCAUACUGCAAUGCACCGUUUGAGGGCAACGGAGAGGGAAAAUGCGCCUAUCUCCAUCACGAGAAAAUCACCGAUGACACUGAAGCUGCAGGAGUGUGUAGCAAUAUCAACGCUGAGCUAGCUAUUCCAUUCUCCAAAGAACAUCAGGAAGUACUUGACGAAUUCAUCCAGGAGAAGGACAAAACAUAUUUUCCCAACUUUGACUACAUCCGCACCUCUGGCUACAAGAGCAAUGGUCAAUGGUUUUGGAAGGGUGCCCUGGAUAUCGGAUUCUUCAACUGGGCGGCAGCCGGCGAAGCGGCCAAGGAGGGGUGCGUGUUCAUUGACACGACCGUGGGCCCUCCGUACCGCUGGGUGGUGCUCGCCUGCGACACACCCGCCUACACCGUGUGCCGCGCCGCCUGUGCCGACGGACAGAUCACGUUCAACGGCCGGUGUCUGGAGGUGAGCACCACGACCGUCAUUGUCAGCGUCCUGGCAGAGGCGGCGUGCCACGACAAGGGCCAGCGGCUGUUCACGCCCUCCAGCGACGCCGAGCUGCGCCAGCUGCAGGGUGUGAUGGCCGCCCAGUACCCCGGCAAGCUGCCGGCCAUCAUCGGCCUGACCGAGUGUCGGUUCUCGUUCGCCGACCUCUGGCGGCGGAGCCGCGCCGACCGGCAGGUGCCACGCACAGUAGACGGCAAGCUGGCUCGCUGGGCAAUUCCUGGUACCAAUUAUCAGUAUGAUCAGCCGUUUCCUUGUCUGGAUGAGACCUCUCAGGGCUUGUAUUUCACUCUGGAGCCGCCCUCGGCUCCGCAGCCAAUGACGGCGUAUGCGAACACCAAGUCGCUCAGCCUGAACUACAUAUGCGCCCCCGAUUUGACGGAUCCUUGCCCGGAAGGCUACCACCCCCUCGACGACCAGUGCAUCAAGGUCUCCGACACCACUGCAACCUACCACGAGGCACAGGCGGCAUGCCACGAGGACAAUGCGGACUUGCUAUACAUUAAGUAUUUUCAUGAGCGCUACACUGUGCCGCUCCUCGUCAAGGCACUGAAUUCUGCCCAGCUUACUCGGCAGUUCGUGUGGAUUGGAUACGACAGGAUCGACGAUCCCACAUUCACGAACAUCUGGGGCGAACCUGGCUCCUUUAAACAAGGAUGGUUGAAGAAUGGUCCAGGAACCACACCGCAGGACUGUGUCAUUUUACAGAAGGAUACCAGCUGGUUAGGAGGAUACGUAUUCAACGUUCGAGACUGCAACGAACGCCACCACUAUGCGUGCACGUACAGGGGUCAGCAGAGGAAAAACAUUUGUCCGGAGGAGUUCCCGUUCUACUACCAAGGAGACUGCUUCCGAGUAUCAAACAGUAGCCUCACAUUCGCCCAGGCAGAGGUGGAGUGCUCGCUGAGUACGAGCGGGUACAGCAAGCUGGCCGCGCCCCAGGCCAGCCACGUCAGCAUGUUCGGCUACUUGGCGGCACGCUUUGACGACCUCUGGGUGGGUCUGGACGACCGCGCCGGCGGGCUCACCAACAGUGGCGGCGACCCGGUGUUACCGGCCACGGUGGCACGCCUGCCCACACCGGACGCCAGCAGCCGGCGGCGCCGCUCCACCGGCCAGUGUAUGGCCAUCCGGGACGGCGGCUACCAGCUCACCGACUGCCAGGAGAGGCGCCGGCACGUCUGCCUGCUGGUCAGGAGCCCCAGCUGUCCGGACCGCUUCAUCAGACACCAGGACAACUGCUACCUGGUACCCAACCAGCGACCACGCGGGGAAGACUACGCCACCGCCGAGCGAAAGUGCGCCCUCACCGGCAGUUUCGUGGCGGCUGACCGCGACGCACGUCAAGCGGACUUUCUGAAGGCCCUUUGGACCGCAGUGAACCACACCUCGUACUGGGUGGGACUCAGCUCGGACGAGAAGGACGAGACGUCGCUCUUCUACCCCAACUGGGAGCCGUUCACCUCUGGCAACUACAGCCGGUUCGACGCGCCGCCGUCGAUGGCCGCGCCCGCCUGCACCGUCGUUGCCAGUGACGACGGGUUCGCCACCUGGAGAGAGUCAUCGUGCGUCCAGAGGGCGAACAUUAUCUGCCACUACCAGGGUCUGCCCACCUGUCCGGCGGGCUACACGGCGCUGCUGGACAGCGGCUACACGUGUCUGAGACACAGUCCAGACAACGGCACCUACUGGUCCAAGUUCAGCGAGUGCUACAACGACGGUCCCAACACCGGACUGGCAGUGGUCUCCUCCGGUCGGGUACAGGCAGCCAUGAUGAGCUUUGUAGAAAAAGAAAGCAACGCUGCUUCCACGGCACCGUUCUGGAUCAGCUUCCGCGGGCCUUCGGCUCUCGUGGAUGAGCCCGAGCACCAGAACCGGCCAGUGGGGAACGUGGUGCAGCGCGUCCGCUGGAUCGACUACAACGCCAUGACGUGGACCGACGAGGUCACGGAGCUGCACAACAACGGCACCAACAUGACGGAAAUCUGGCGCGAUAAGUGCGCCACUCUCGACCUCGAGAGCAACUGGCUGCGCAACGACUGUCUCGACAACUUUGCCGCCCUCUGCGAGCACACCGCGUGCUACUCGACCCGCGGCCACCAGUGUAUCUUCCCGUUCCUCGGCCCGGAGGACGGCGUGGAAUACCACAACUGCACGUCCCUGGACACCACAAACAUCUUCCAGCCGUACUGCGCCACGGAGGUGAACAGCACGGGGCACGCGGUGCGGAUUGAAAAGUGCCAGCGCUACUGCUACUUCCGCCGACCCGUUGUCAAGUGCUACGACCCUCCGCUGCACCCGCUGUUGGGGAACGAGACCGACCCAACGGUCUGGAGAGCCAACUGGACAUCCAGCUGGGACGGUGUCACCCACCUCAAACAGUACCAAAAUAUCACCUACCAGUGUCCGAUCGGGUACGUCUUCGAUAAGAACAAUAAAAACAUCAUCAAACUUACCUGUGGAAACUGGACGUGGGAGCCGGAGCCUGGGCUCAGCAACGCCACCUGUCAACCGGUACAGUGUUCCCGUGAGCUGCCGAACGUACCGGCCGACACCUCUCCGGGAAACGCCAGCGUGCUCGUCUGGGACGGCCUUUACGAGUAUCUCACUCCCAUCGAGUUCACCUGUCCCACCGGUCACGUGUUCGAGGGCCUGGUCCGCAAAGCCCACGAGGGGAACUGGUCCAUCAACCCGUCACCGUGGAGCCAGCUUACGUCGGUCGAGUGUGACGCCACCGGCCAGUGGAUGCCAGCCUUUCUGCCCAACUGCGUGCCGUUCGACUGUUUGGGGCCACCUCUCGAGCCCCCCGAGUGGGUCUCGUACGACUGGGACAACGCCACAAUCAGUUAUGGACACACGGUGCGCUACUGGUGCACUCCCGGUGUCGGCUGGGCCUUCCCCAGUGACGGGGCCAUAGAGCACUUCAGCACGUGCCAAGAGAACGGCAACUGGUCCUUGACGGAACUGGAGGAUUGCAUCUUGAUGCCGUGCCCGGACCCGGCGCCGGAGACGGUCACCAACCAGACGUUCAGCUACGGCCUCGUGUUCAGCAACUACACGUGUCCUCCGGCCUGGGAGUUCGCCGACGGCAGCCGCCAAAAGUCGGCAGAGUGCCUGCUCGAGACCAAAGUCUGGGAGCCGGCCGUCAUGCCGCCCUGUCAGAAGCGCCGCUGCGCUGAGGAACCUCCGGAGGUCUUCCAGAAGGGCAUGACGAGGAAGUGGCCAAAAGGCGAGGACGGCCAGCCCAACUACGAGCUGGACGUGGUCAUCCAGUACCGGUGUCCUCACCGCCGACUCACCUGGGAGUUCAACGAGACCAUUCAGGAGGUGAUGUGCAUCCACGAUCCGGAGAGCGACCUCAUGGUCUGGGAGCCCUUCAACAUUACCCUCUGUAACCCGACAAGCUGCGGAAAUCGGGACAGCAUUACAUGAGUGCGUGAGGAGACAUGCUCGUAUGUGCAGUGGUAUGUGCCAAACUUACCAAUAACAGGACAACAGCAGGAAUGGCGAUAGACCAGAACAGGACCAGAGGGCAAAUCUAGAGCUGCAGCACAGCCGCUGCUGCUGGUGCUGGUGCUGCUGCUGCUGCUGGAUUCUCCACCCUAUGGCCCGUCGGAGCGGCUGGAGGCUGGAGCCUCCCUCAAUUCCGCCUCCAACUGGCGGAGCCCACUUGUACUCGGCGGCUGGCGGCGGCCCGGUCCGGCCCGGUGCUCCGUCCGUCUCCGCUGGUGUGACUUCACGGAUCAUCAGCCAAUGUUGAGAGAGGAUCGUCACGACUACAUCAGCGCGUCCGGCGACCGGUGAAGAUGUCUACGGGAGCUGACAGGAGCCGCUGCUGGCGCCCGGCGCCGCCAGCCGACGUGGUCACACCGGCCGCAGCUCUCUCCCAGAGAGCUGCCCUCCCGCGCCGCGAGCGACAUCUGAAUCUCGGAACUACGCUACGUGCGACACCUAGCGUCAGAAGGCAGAAGAAAAUCACAGGACCACAAUCGUCCGUAUCUCCUGCCGCUGCGGCCUGCGAGUGUAUCACCAAAGAUCAGCAGGAAGAGGCCCGAACCAAAGAAGGAGAAGAAGAAGAAGAAAAAUGACUUUUGAUCCAGAAGUUCCUUGGCAAAUUGCUUGAAACAGUUUUACUACACCCAUUUGCUGAAAAUGGUUGAUUGCCUGUGCCAUCCGGAACCAAAGCUUUGUCUGAGAUGAGCAUCUUGUAUCGCAUCCAUGGGCUCCACAUCCGUAUUCGACUUGGCUGUGGGGGAAAACCUCCUUAUAUCUAAAGUGAUUUUUUACCUCAUAACACCAAUGGACCCAGUAUAAAGGUGCAAAUUAUAAUAUGGAAAUUGGACUGAAUGUAAAAUUAUUAAAUAUUUACCAUGCAUUUUUGUUUAAAAAAUAACGCAAGAGAAGCUCGCAUCCCCGACGUCGGCCGGAAACGGAGCCCGUGGACAGCUGUGUUUAGUUUGCCUGCUGUUUGUGUGUGCUGAACUUACAAGCGGAUGCUGGUGGUUACGUGCUUACGAGCCUCUUGCAAAGCUACUCGCUACCAAAACAUGGUUAAUGUGUUAAGUGUAUGAAUAAAAGUAUGCCUAUCAAUUAUACAUUGUCACACCUACUAUUUAAUAAAUAUAGGCAGAAUCGCUAUGAGGCAGAACGGACAAUUUUGUUGCAAAUGUGAACGGACUUUGAUAUCAAAUAACACAGCAGAGGGCUGAAGUCGCAAGCAUCGUGACCACCAGCAUUAGCUUACCCUAUCCAUCCAUGUCGUUUGUAAUAUGUGUUGAACUACAUAGGAUAGGUGGCUAGAUGUAAACAGAUUGUGUUCGCUUAUAAGAAACUGAAUCCAGAUAUCGCUAGUGCAAUUUCGAUAUUGUGUUCUGUUGUGCUGUACAGUGUUGCAGAUCGUUGUGUUCAUAACUGUCUUCGGGAAAUAGCAUUAAUAGCAAAUCAUCCCGAGUUGUUAGACGUUCAUUAAAAUAAACCGGAAACGGGUUAGAUCAUCCAUGCAGUUUGUCAAUAAAGUUCAAAUAAAAUCAUUCAAUAAUGCUUGGUGAAUUACGAUGAGUUCAUCAUUUUCAAUGUACCAAUGAAUCAGACAUUACUUAAUUGUCUCGAUUGGUCCGUAGUUAAAUUUUGCGUAAUGCAUCAGCUUUCUUGUUUAAUUUGUGAGCAUCGAUAAUUACUGAUAAUGUACGAUAAUACACUACCGAUAAUUAUCGAUAAUGAACUAGCACAAACUUUUAAAAGUGUGAUGGUCGUGCUAUGUAGUAGUUAGCGAUAUCGGUGUAUCAUCUCUGUCACCUUGGCCUCGAUAUCCUGGCGACGGCAUUAGCUCGAGUGGCUUCGUAGCAAAGAGGGAGGCGUCGACGCAAAUACAAAGCACGUGUUCUCAGUCGAUAUAUCUUGUUUGAUCAAUGGUAUCAAUGGCAGGCAAUGGAAUGUUUGCGAUGUUUGCAAUCACUUCAACCACAGAUCUUCAACACUUCGCUGCACACUAGGGCCUUGGCACACUCAUGCUUGACUCAUGCCAUACAGCUUUGUGUGCUUUGCACACGCUAUCGGUGAUUGUGGACGAUCCAUGGAUUGAAGUGUAAACAUUGAUAAGACAUUUCCGGUAUGGGUUUCUUUCGCGUGAAGGCUAGCGAGGAAAAUACAAUAAUUGUAAACCGAGACUGUGGUGUAAGAGUGGUGCUGGAUUACCUGAAGAUUCGACUGGGUAUCACCGAUACAGAGGUUGAGCUAGACCUAUGCGACGAGUGGGGAAACGUACGGUUCCUGUCCCAAGCUCCUCCGAGAUGCAACACAAUUCACCUUCUAGCUCCUCGGGGGCUCUACACGCCGGUUGUGAUAACACAAACGCCGACGCUGAAAUUUGAGUUUCCUAUGGGGAAGCCAGUCACCAUCCAUAGGCUCAGGGACGCUCAGCGAAAGGCCCGACGACAGUGGGGCAAGCUGCAGAAGUUGCUCGGCUCGUUCAGCGGCCAGUUCGACUCGGACGAAGAGGCAGUGGAAACCAUCUACCAGGUGGUAGGGUCGCCUUCCGCCGACUACAGCAAGGGCAAGGUCAAGGGACGCGACCCAGCCCCAAAGUCUCCCCGGUCGAGGUCGAUAUCAGCAGGCAAAAAGAAGAAGGCGUCAUGGGCCACCGAUAUAUCUGAGUCAAAGGAAAAUACAUCCGAGAAUGGUCAAACUCAGCCAGAGAGACCUGCGGUCUCUGCAGGUAGAGAGACAACAAGGGCAAGAAGGGUGUCCAUUUCAGACGAGCGAAAUGAAAUCGAGGCUACUGAAGCCGAAAACAAGAGCAGUAUGCAAAGAAGGCCACUCAAUAACGUGGAAAGUAAAGGAACACAUGGGCUUAGCCAAGAUUACGGAGUAGAUCACGACAAGACGGCAGGCCUUGCUGGCCGAAGAGGAUCAACGAAAUACGAGAAUAAUGUGCCUGAAAUACCGGCAAACAAGUCCAAGGAUGUUGUGACUGGAGAGGAGCAUGAUGAUACCAGCAAGACGACACCGGCGAGCACCAAACCAGCAGAGGCCGGAGAGAGUGGCAAGGCUGCAGAAGAGGCACCAGAGAUUCCGAAACCGAGCACCUCAACCACUGACAGAGACAAAACAGAUCUUCCCGCUGAGCGUCCAGCACAUGAAUCGACAGACAGUGGUAUCGAGUCAGCGGCCAGCAGGUCGGGCGGGAGGGCGAAGGAGUCGGGGAUGCGGGAGACCUCCAGUGACGCGCAGUCAGCCAGCGGAGAGGCAGGAAGCAACGAGGACUCCCCCAGUGCGCCGACUUUGCCGCUGUCUAAGACGAAACUCAAACAUCGCAGGAGCUCCAGAAUGCCGGCCAUUCCGGAGCAAGUCGCCCCGGCAAACAGUGGAGUCAGCAAGGAUGGGGCACCCGCAAAGUCGGAGGCAUAUGACGAAAACCAACAGUCUCAGGAUGGAAAGACAACCAGCUCCGGCCCGUCAGAUGCAACGAACAUCACAAACGAGAAGGACGUAACAAGAGACUCAUCAAACGCCGCUUCAACCGAUGCAUCACAGCCGACAGCUAACGCAGUCACUGUCGAGCACAGUGUCGGCGAAUCCUCCUCUCCCGGUGCACCCCGUCCGCCUCAGGAUCCCUCAUCUCCUGCCGCGAGCGGCGCUGCCCUGGCGCCGGAGGACAUCGCCGGAGUGGCGGUGUCGAUCGUCCCACCGAGUGCGGCGGCACCUCACCGGCGCAGCGUGGACGUCACGGCGCUGCUCGGCAUCCCCGUGACGGACGGGACGCCCGGAGCCGAGGCCGACCCGUCCACCGGCCACGGCGUGCCCUCGAUGAUCGACGAGGAGUGGCGCAGAGCGGCGGCCACCGAACAGCUGGUGGGGGUGCUCAGCGCCACCUCGCGGCUCGUCUACCUCGGCUCGGCCAGGAGCCAGCCGGUGGACGUGCCGCAGAUCAACGUGGUCAGCACGACGGAGGAGCAGGCGCAGCGGCUGAGCUCCGGGUCCGCGCUGCUGGCCGCGGCUGGACCGGGGGAGGAGAGGACCCGCACUGAUGACGUGGGCGGCGAGCGGGGUGACGUGACGUCGCAGCCAGACACAUGGAGGUCGCCCUCAGGCGGCGCCGUCGAGACCUGAACACAGCCUGGCAUGCGAGAUGUCCAUUGUCCGAUGCACAUGUGUCAAGGCAAUUCCGAAUGUUCGUGGAAAAUGCAGGCAGUGUGCAGGCGAAUCGGAUAGGAGCACGAAAAUAGCUGUGCGACUAGGAUGCAAUGCAGCGAUGAUGAAUUCGUUACUGUGCAGUGUGAUUCAGCUACGCGUUUCUCGUACAAACAUCGUGGAUUUCAGUGUGCUAGCGUUAAAAUGUUACGUUGAUACUUGAUUGUUGUCAUGUAUGUACGAUGGAGUGCGUUUUAUGCGACCAAAAGAGUUCACAAAACAAAUAUAUUUCGUCAGUUCGAUGACAA